GCGGAUAGGAUAAAUUUGACCUUGUACAGAGGCCAAACUAGGGUUGAGUAAAAAAAACGAGUUUCCCUUCGGAAGUUUAGUAAAUGGGUGUUAUUGACAAUUUUUCAGCCAACAAGAAGACACCUUUAGGUUAAUCGACUAUUUAUAUCGCCCAAGAGUCAUCUGCAUAUCAUAAUCUUACUAAAAUAUAGUAGAAAAAGCUGUUGAACGUGAAUGAUGAACUAUUGUAUGCAAAUUUUCAUGAUUUAUAUUACAAAUCGACAUCAUACAUAAUGCAAAAACUCCUUUUUGACUUUUGGAAAGAUUAGGUCUUCCCUGAAUUGUGACUGCAGUCACAAGAACCAUGGUUCUUUCUGGGAUGCUGAGUCAGGCGAUAGUAGUUUACUGUUGUCAGUGAUAAACCUGAAAUGUACUUUUGAUCCACUGGUCGGCGAAACUAUAAUUCAUGGCCUAACAAGUCAGAUCUAAGAUUUCGGUUCCUGGACUUUGGUACAGAAUCCACUCAUACAUAUAACAAAAUUACAUUUUGGAACCAUAGUUGAUAUCAAGUCGUGACGAAAACCCUAAUUUGAAUUCUUAAUCCCGACUUAAACCUCUAACAUCUGGUCUCGAUUCUUCACAUGAAUUUAUAGCCGUAUUUCGACUGUAGCAAGUAGUCGUGGUUCCCAAAGGCACUUUUAUAUUGCUCAAAGGUCGUUCAAACAUUAUAGUCUCGUCAAUUGUUCCACUUAUGUGCAAAGUCAUUUAACAUCAAUUCAUGCUUUUUCAUUACGACUAAAUAUGACGGUUGUGGAAGUGGAGUACUGAAUUUCAUAAAACUGUUAAGGUCUUACCUAAUUUAUGCUUAUAAAAAUUCUGUUUUUUCUGCUGAUAUGGCUGUUUGCUAUGACUGAAAUAACUGAUACUUAUUGCAAUGGAACAUGUCAGCGCAAGAAAAUAAACAAGACCGUAGGUGAAGACUUGUUUAUUCACGUACCCUUGAUUAAUAUAAUAUUAAAAGUAAUGAUGAAAUAUGUAUGCAAAUUUUUAAAUUUUCAGUCAAUAGAUAAGCAGUAAUUUACAUACUGUUAUACACAAAUCCUUAUGUUCUUUCAUUUUUUUUUACCUAAUCUCUUUAUUUCUUUCCAAUGACCACCUGUAUAAAAAUCAGUCUUCUUUAAGAGUUUGGUUUUUAACCUGUUUUUGUUCUGGUUUUCAGUUAUCUGAUGCCGACUAAACAAUAUGUCUGUUUACAGCCUUUCUACCGUUGAAUGUCAUCCAUUGUAAUUACCAGGCGUUAAAAUGUCAAGUGUAAACCUACAUAGUGAUUUAUUCCUGCAUUAUUAUAAAGCGUGGGGUGGAGUUGAAGAUUAUGAAUCAGAGAACUUAGGGAUACCAGAUUUUUUUCAACGUGUACCACAAGAUAAUGAGAUUUUACCUGCGAAAUUACGGGAGGAUGCUAGGUCUGCUUUGUUGGAGAGAAAAAGUUUGAGAUUGUUGUCUAAUGUUGAACUUCAAGAGUUUUGGUAUCUUUUGGAACGCUAUCAUUCACCUCCUACAGUUAAUGGUGAAAAAUUCAUGGACUAUGAGAAUUUUCGCAAGGCAUCUAAAGAAGCAUCUCCCAAGGCAAAGCAAUAUUUCACAGCAGCUACAUUUGUAAAAUUACUUCGUGAAGAUGAAGUUUUGUCACGUAUUAAUAUCUUGACAUUUUUCAAUUAUGUCAUGAAGAAAGUAUGGUUGCAACAAACCCAUGUUGGGAUAUCUCUUUAUGAUGUGUGCGGUGAAGGUUAUUUGAGAGAAACAGAUUUGGAAAACUAUAUGUUGGAACUUAUCCCUACUUUGUGUCAGCUAUCAGAGUUGGAGCCAACGUUCCAAACAUUCUAUGUAUGCACGGCUGUACGAAAGUUCUUCUUUUUCCUUGAUCCUUUACGUUCGGGUCGUGUGCGUAUCACCGACAUUUUAGCUAGUGGAUUUCUAGACUCUAUGCUUGAAUUACGUGAAGUAUCUACAUCAGAGGCACAAUUAGCCGCUAAUUGGUUUAGUCAUCAAUCAGCUGUACGUGUUUACGGUAGCUAUUUGCUCUUAGAUGAAGAUCGAAAUGGCUUGUUAACACGCAGUGAAUUAUCACGGUUUGGAAAUGGUACAUUGACCGACGUAUUUCUCGAUCGUGUAUUUCAAGAAUGUUUAACUUAUGAAGGUGAAAUGGACUACAAAACUUAUUUAGACUUGGUUUUGGCUAUGGAAAAUAAACAUGAGCCGCAAGCAAUUGCUUAUCUUUUUCGUAUUCUUGAUGUUGGUGGUCAAGGUAAACUGACUUCACUAACAUUACGGUAUUUCUAUGAUGGAAUCGAAGACAAACUACGUGCUUCAGAUAAUGAUAUACCAAGUUUUGAGAAUGUAUUAAAUGAAAUCUUUGAUAUGGUACGACCAGCGAAUCCCCAUUACAUCACUUUAGAUGACCUUAUCAAUUGUGGUAAGGGCGACACCGUAAUAAACAUAUUGAUUGAUCUCCAAGGUUUUUGGGCCCAUGAAAAUCGUGAAGCUUUUACUUCCGAAAUACCAGAUGAAGCAGAAUUGUAAAUCGGAUUUUGUUUAUUCACUGAUAUCCAGCAUUGUGAUCAAUGUUAAUUUGCUCAGUGCAUUGUUACUGAAAAAAACAUUGAUGAACUUAUAUACUUGUUAGAUAAUUGAACACUUCUAAACUCUCGUAACGUGCCUAUACUUAAAAAUAAACAGGACGUUUGCGAAGUAAAAAGGUAGUUCUCUGUUUCUCACUCACUAUUUUCCGUUUUUACAAAGCAAUUGAUAUCAAAAUUUUAUACAUGCAACUUCAUUUCCAUGCUUUAGUUAAACACUAUGUCACAUUCUGUUAAUUUGUUUAUGAAACUAUGCUGUAUGAUUGCUGAAUCUACGUUCUAAUGUUCCACUGUGAAUGUACCUAGUCAGAUUAGUUUUCACGUAGUUUUCGAUUGGUGUUUUUCUGGUGUGCCUCUCAACACAUAUAACGCACUAAAUGAGGAAGUUAGAGUAACCUUUGUGUCGAUGAAGGCUUGUUCUUGUUGCUGUUGUUGACUAUUCCCAUCACUUUCUAGUCGGUCUACGCCAUUUGGUUGCGUUAAUUUAAACUUCAUUGUUUUAAUUUAAAAUCUGAUUGUAAGCAAUC